AUGGCGGCGGCGCGACCAUGGUCCAGCCUCCAUGAAGACCUUCUCCACCGUAUCAUCCUCCUGCUAACGUGCAUCGCCGACCGCGUUAGGGCGUCCGCCGUCAGCAAGCACUGGCGCCAGGUCGCGCUGCAGAACCCGUCCCCGCUGCCAUACCUCGUCAGGCCGUCCACCGCCCGGACCGAGAGCUACCGGAUCUUCGGUCGCUUCGCCGAUCCGCGCCCGUACCUCUCCGCCGAGGGCCGCGCAGAGCGUUUCUGCGGCUCGGCUCCAGGCGGCUGGUUCGUGGGAGCAUCCCCGCACGGGCGCGGCCACGCCCUGCUCAACCUCGGCACGGGCGAGCGCGUCGCGCUCCCGGAUCGCGUAUGCAUCCCCAUCAACUCCGGCAACAUCAGGUGUCCCAUGAUGAUCCGCGCAGCCGCCAUGUCUGCCGCCCCGUCUUCUGGUGCCUGCGUGGUCGCUGCCAUAACGUCGACCAGGACAACCAUGGCGUUCUGCCGGCCGGGCAUGGAGUGCUGGACGUCGCUGCCGGCAGAGAUGACGGCCCGGCCCAACGCCCAAGACCUGACUUACCACGACGGAUGGUUCUGGGCCAUCGACUCAGAUGAUGACCUGUCCUGCUACAAGGCCGAACUUUCGACAUCUAGGCAAACCAUUCUACAUCUUGCCUACGGGAUUGGUGCUCCCCGGACGGACAUGGCACACGGCGAGAUCGUGUCCCGCUACCUCCUGCCCUCCGCCUCUGGCGCCGAUCUGCUGAUGGUGAGGAGAUUCAUCUCGCCGGCGACAGGCCGCACGUCCCGGUUCCAAGUCUACAGGCUACAGAAGCCACAGGUGGGCCGGCCGGCUUCCUGGCGCGUCUACAAGAUGACCCGGCAGCUGCUCUUCGUCGGCCGGGCCUGCUCCAAGGCCUUCGACACGAGACACGCCGGCAACCCGGGCUACAUCUACUUCCUCGACGACGUCUACCCUGGUGCUCCGCACGAGCAGAACGAGUAUCCUUGUGCUGAUGCCGGCGAGUGGGAUUGCUCAAUCCCUGGUGAGACCCAGCGCUGCCUGCCAUCGGCUCCACCCUCGGACACCUCGCCGUGCAUUUGGUACCACCAUUAA